AUGUCCCCGUGUCCCCGUGUCCCCGUGUCCCCGUGUCCCCGUGUCCCCGUGUCCCCGUGUCCCCGUGUCCCCGUGUCCCCGUGUCCCCGUGUCCCCGUGUCCCCGUGUCCCCGUGUCCCCGUGUCCCCGUGUCCCCGUGUCCCCGUGUCCCCGUGUCCCCAUGUCACCAUGUCCCCAUGUCUCCGUGUCACCACGUCCCUGUGUCUACGUGUCAUCGUGUGA